AUGGCGUCUUUUUACUCUAAUCCUCUCCAUUGUAGCCCCAUCUCCGAUCGAGUGUGCCGAGCACUCCAGCAAGACCUCCAGCUCCUCCACCGUUCCUACUCCACCUUCUUCGUCCUCAGCGCCAUCGGAAACGUCUUCACCGUCACUCUCUCCGCCUUCCCCUGCUGUUCAUGUCCUGACUCUGUAACCCCUCGCAAACACAUUCUCUUCGUCCUCAUUCGACUCCUUGGCGUCUCUCCAGACAGUGUCUUUCUCCUCCAGAACACUCUCUUCCCUUUUAACCUCUGCCGCCUUCUGGAUCAGCCCACAUCGCCGGACGCCCUCGCUAACGCGCCGGAACGUUCCUCCGAUAACGUUGCGGUUGAGUAUGGGACUUCAUGUCCGAUUUGUUUAGAUGAGAUGAAGAAUGAAGAGAAGCUUGUGACUUGUGGGACUUGCUGGAAUGCAAUUCAUGAACGGUGCUUUGUGAGGUGGAAAGGAAGCAAAGUGAAUAGAGUGAUUAGUUGUGUGAUUUGUAGAGCUCCAUGGGAUAAUAAUAAUGAAGAUUAUGAUCAGCAUAUGUAUCUGAAUCUGUCUGCUUAUACUCGUCAGAGAAAUAAUUAA